AUGUUACACGAACAAGAAACACGGGAAUGCAUGGAUAAGAUAUUUGACUAUCGUAGAAUAAAGGUAUGUACCUCUAUCUGUAUACAUUGUUUCAUACUCUCUUCGUUUUAUUAAUAUAUUGAAAUUAUAAAGUAUAUCAUACGCCGUUAAUAUUUAUAAAUAUUUCCAAAUUUAUUUUUAAUAAUAUAUUUAUAUAGAAAGAAAGUUACAAAGAUGUAACCGUAACUGCUUGUGGACGCAACAUGGAGUGCACUGUACCAAACGAGCGUGAAGCUGUGCAAUUUAUUUGCCUGCUAUUGUACUAUGGUGGAGCCCUUAAUUCCUACAGCAAAGGAAAUAAAUCGUGUGAUGUUGUGGUUAAAAGCUCUGGGUUACAAGCAAAAUUCCAUUGCUGGUACAUUAAAAAACAAAAUGAUGGUGGUGUGUCUUUUCAGAUAGAAUCAUUUUUUGUUAAACGAGUAAGUCGACUUUGUUACAAAUUAUAUCAUUAUUAACAGUAGAAUGUGGGAAGUUGUCACAUAAUUUGUCAAUAUGUCUUGGACUUUUACAUUUGUGCCACCCAUACAGUGGCGGACACUAGGGGCAGCCCCCCCCAAAUAAUUUUGAAAGACUGUAAAAAUGUUGUACCAAAUAACACAAAUCACACUCAUAUAACGUAAUCUGAAAAAAUUUUCUGAAAACUCUAUUCAGGGGAGAUAAUAGAGUUUCAAAACUUUACAAUUGCUCCAAUAAAUCAGUGAAUGCAAGCGAGGAGCGAUUAGUUUCAGAGUAUUUUUUCUAUUUGAGUGUACCCCUACGUUUAUUUUGUAUCAUCAACACUCUGCACGCUGGAGUGGACUAUUUAAUUAUUUUUUAUUAUGCCGAAUUUUUUUUUGGGGGGGUUGAAACUUUUUUUGGAGGGGUGGACAUUUUGUUUGGGGGGAGGGUUAUAGCUAAUAUUGGAGGGGGGGUUAGCAACCCCCUGCACCCUGCACAAAAUCCAUCUAUGCAUUUUUAUAAGACCAAUGAGACUAAAACUAAUUUUUAUUGAAUAUCAGAGAUCAUAAUUAGCCAAUUAAAUGCCCAUAAUUAAAUUAAAUUAAAAAAAUAUUAUUUGGUUAGUAAUUUAUUUUUCUCUUAUAGGACCAUAGAUCACAUAUGCCUAGUACACCAAUUGCAAAUAUUGUGUCGUUAAGUGAUGUGAUGACAACAGAAAAUAAUAUUCCACAGCCAUCUGGCGACGUCCACCUUGACAUACUUCGAAACAUUUUCCAGCAUGAAAACUUUCGUGGUAUACAAAGGAGAGUGAUAGAUGUAGUUACAACAAAUAAAGAUGCCUUAGCAGUUAUACCAACAGGGGGAGGUAAAUCAAUGUGUUAUUGGAUUCCAGGUCUGUCAAGCACAGGCAUUACUGUUGUAAUUACACCUUUGAUGGCACUAAUAAAUGAUCAGGUUUCAAAAUUACGAAGCUAUGGGAUAAAUGUCUGUUGUGUCAACUCAAGUAUGACCCCUGAGGAACGGGACAUUAUAUUUCAUGAACUAACCGACAAAGAAUCACCUUACAAAUUUUUUUACUUGACACCAGAGUUUGCCAUGUCUCCACCCGCUACAGCAUGUUUUCAAGCAAUGUCAGAAAACAAAACAUUAUUGCGGUUUGUAAUUGACGAAGCACACUGUGUUGACACAUGGGGACAAAGUUUUAGACCAUCAUAUGCUCAGCUUAGUACACUUAAGCAGUUUAACCGACCCACUGUGGCGUUUACAGGAACUGCAACAAACCAAACAAAGCAGAGAAUUGUGGAGAAACUAGGCUUGGUUCAACCUGUCAUUCUUCAAUCAACCUGUAACAGGGGCAAUUUGGUUUUCAGAGUAAUCAACAAAAGUGGUCCACAUGCCAAAGAAGAUGUAGUCAAGCAUGUUCAAGAAAACUUUUUAAAUGUUUGUGGUAUUGUGUACUGUUUUAGUACCAAAGACACUGUUGAGUUGGCCUACAUAUUUAAAUCCAAAGGUGUUUCAUGUGUAUAUUACCAUGGUCAACUUGAUUACUUUGAGAGAACUGACAAUGCUCGAGCUUGGUUAUCAGGAAAGGCACAGGUAAUAUGUGCUACAAGUGCGUUCGGAAUGGGCAUAGAUAAACCUGAUGUCCGUUUUGUGAUCCACCUUAGCUUACCUAGGUCUCUUGAAGAAUACUAUCAAGAAGCUGGGAGAGCUGGUCGUGAUGGAAACACCUCUUAUUGUAUUCUCAUGUUUCGGUUUGAGGACAGAAAUAAACUGAUCCAGCUAAUUUACAAAUCAACAUCUGAAGAUCACAUGGAAUUCCAGACACAUUCAUUGAACAGAGUUGUGUCUUAUUGUAUGUCAUCAAUAUGCCGAAGAAAGCUCAUCCUAGAAUACUUUGAUGAUGGAUUUGAUAUAAACUGUAAUGGAUCAUGUGACAAUUGUCUUACAACACCACCAUUACCCAAGGAUUACACCAUGGAAACCAUCAACACAUGUAUUUGUCUUGAAGAAAUGUUGGCAGUUCAUGCCAAGAUUAAUGUUAAGCAGCUUGCUCUCACUUUCAAAGGCUCAAAGUCAAAGCGUGAUAUAGAAGCAAAAGGAUUUCACCUAAUUCCCCAUUAUGGCAUUGGAAAAAAUGCUUUUAAAAAUGACGCGGACUCAAUUAAAUUUGUGCAACACCUUAUCAUCAAUGAAGUUUUAAUGGAAAAUAUCCGUGCAGUGGACGACAGAUUUACAACAACAUUUAUUACACUUGGGAAAAAAGCAAACUUGGUAAGGAACAGAGAAAUACAAAUGUUCUUAAGGCUAUAA